GCAGUCGUUUGUGGGGGAAGAGAUGGCUAGUCUGGUGGCUGACAUUUGGUAGACUGUGAUGUCAUGAGGGUGAGGACUUUGGACACUGGAGAGAGGGGGAAAAAAGGAAUUCCUUUUGUAUUGUGGAUUUAUGAGGUUGGUGUGAAUCGGACUGGGUUUCUCAAAGCGUGUCUUUAAAUAUGUGGGAUGUGCUUUUUAAACAAGAUGAAAGCAGGUGUGUCUAAUACUCUCCACCUCUGGUGUGUGUGAGUGAGUGGGAACCUGUGUUGUUAAAUGAAACUCAAGUGGUUUUUGGUUCACGUCUGCAACUGAAUAGCGGAGUGGAUUAAGGACACACACAGCCACAAUGUGGAACCAGUCUGGAUAUUCAAACCACUUUCCCCAUCCAGGACACCCUUUCUAUCAUGUGCCAUACAGCCAUAACCAGAGAACAGUGACAUUUAGACAUCCAGUAACUGGACAGAUCUCUCCAGAAAACUCAGACUUUAUCCUUCAAGAACAGCCAAAUUCCCGCAUGUCCAACCAACAGACAAGCCAAAGGCCUUCCAGUAUGGUCAGCGAGACAUCCACCGCUGUCACUUCAUCUACUGUAGAUGCUCCACCGGGGUCAAAGGGCUCAAAGUCAAGUGGGAAGGUCCACAGUUUUGGCAAGAGGGACCAUGCUAUCAGGAGGAACCCUAACAUGGCUGUUGUGGCGAGAGGCUGGCUUUACAAACAGGACAGCUCUGGCAUGAGAUUGUGGAAACGGAAGUGGUUUGUGUUGGCCGAUUAUUGUUUGUUUUACUAUAAAGACAGUAGAGAAGAGACAGUCUUAGGCAGUAUUUCUUUGCCUAGUUAUGUUAUUGCUCCAGUCGAGCCUGAAGAUCAUAUAAGCCGCAAGUAUGCAUUCAAGGCUACCCAUACUGGUAUGCGCUCUUACAUUUAUAAUAAGAACUCUGUCAUUGGGUCCCAGGCUGAGCAUUGUGGGAUGAGAACGUAUUACUUCAGUGCAGAUACACAGGAAGAUAUGAACGGCUGGAUCCGUGCCAUGAACCAAGCGGCACUAAUGCAGACCCACACGGCAGAAAGAGAAGCAGACAAAAUGGAAAAGCAAGGCGUUCCCCAGACGAACCACGUCAAGUCAAACAAGGGCUACACCCAGGCAGAGGUGCCUCCGAAGCAAGAGCAGCCGCCGAGACCGGUCGGCGAGACGCUUGGCUUCGAGAAGCGGGAGGAGAUUCGUAAAGAAAGCGAAGAUGAGGAGAGGUACGGCUUUCGGAAGGACACGCUCGAGGACAAAAACAAAGUGAAGUCCCCAGCGACUAUCAUGGAGAUUGACAGUUUGUUUACUGAGCCUGUCGGUUUGUCUCGCGCCCAGCUGGUUCAGGGGAAUGGAACCCUACCCAGCGCAAGGCCAGCGGAGCAGAAUGGAAACCCUGUGUACAAGAGAGGGUUUGUGCCCAGAACCGACACAGAGAAGCAUGUGCAAAGAAAGACCAACUUGUCACAGGUGGAGCAUUGGGUGAAACUACAGAAAGGAGACUCCAAAAGUUCCAGCCUUCCAGCAUCCGAACAAACUCUUUCUCGGAGAACUCCUACCAGCUCUGAGAACUACCAGACUUUGCCAAAGAACUCCCGGCAGCCAUCGAGCAGCCCCCCUCCGGUGUCUCGCAACCUGCCAAGCGAUUACAAAUACGCCCAUGACCGGGUCAGCCACUUCCGCAUGUCCAACGAAGAGCGCAAGGCCCACAAGGAGGGCACUGUGUGGCAGCUCUAUGAGUGGCAGCAAAGACAGCAGUUCAAACACGGCAGCCCUACUGCCCCCAUAUACACAGGUGCUCCAGACUCCAGUGCCCUAAAGGUUUCAUUAGAGGCCCCUCGGUCCAUUUCGGUGCCACCUUCUCCCUCUGACAUCCCCCCACCAGGACCACCACCCAAGGCCUUGUCGCCACGGAGACCGCACACUCCUGCAGAGAGGGUCACGGUUAGGCCUGUUGGCGAGAGGCCCACUGCUGACAUCCCUGCAUCAGGUUCUCCACUCAGGAUACGCGCUCGUGUUUCAAAGACUGCACAUAAUGACAGACGCUCCAUGCCACCAAUGGGCUACAUGACACACACAGUGAGUGCUCCUAGUUUGCAUGGGAAAACGGCUGAUGAUACUUACAUGCAACUGAAGAAGGACCUGGAGUAUCUAGACUUGAAGGUGUCAGGGCGUGAUUCCUUUAAAGACAGAUCUGCAAAACCUGUUAGAAUUGCUGAAAGUGAUGUGGAUGUGAAGUUAAGUCGGUUGUGUGAACAAGACAAGACCCUCCAGGACCUGGAAGCCAAGAUAAGGAUACUGAAGGAAGACAAGGAUAAGCUGGAGUCUGUUUUAGACGUGUCCCACAGGCAGAUGAAGCAGUACAAAGAGCAGCCAGCCCAUGCAGAAAAAAUAGCCUGCCAACAAAGACUUCUGCAAGAGGACCUGGUUCAGAUCAGAGCCGAGAUAUCCAGAAUCUCGACGGAAAUGGAAAAUGCCUGGAGUGAAUAUGGGAAGCUGGAAAUGGAUGUUGACCAGCUGGGAGAAGCGCUACAGGAACAAAUGAACAGAGCAAUUCUCUCUCAGCAGGAAAAAUCACAAAUGCAGAAGGAUUUGUGGAGGAUUGAGGAUGUGAUGGCAGGCCUCAGUUCCAGUAAAGCCAAUUAUAAAUUUACCAUUGAUUCUGUUCAAAAUCCAGAAAGACAAAUUGUGCCUUCAAUGUCAUCGCUAUCAGUGCCUUCGUUGUCCAUGUGUGUCUCUGAGCGGGAGAGUAGAUCAUUCAUGCAGCGCAGCUCCCAGCUGAGUCCUUCAGUGGAGACGAGGCUCCAGUCACAGAAGCAGCUCAGACCUCAGCCUCACCUGCUGCAGCUACAGAACCUCCAACCUCAGUCACUCUUUAAGCCUGUGCCAAAGAUGGCAGAGGACGAGGCUCCCCCCAGACCCCCCUUGCCAUUCAUCUACAGCCCUGAUGAUCAGCCUCCUGCUGUACCUCCCCUUCCCAAAGAGGCUUCAGUCAUCAGGCACACAUCAGUGCGGGGCCUGAAGCGCCAGUCCGACGAGAGGAAGAAAGACAGAGAAUUUGGGCAGUAUGUAAAUGGGGACUAUAAGGUAGAGCUGCGAUCAUACAUGAGCGAACCUGAACUUAUCAACAUAGGAAGUGACCCCAGUCAGUUAAGCAUAGGAGCCUCUGGUCCAGAAAGUGGGUACCAGACAUUGCCAAACAGAGGACUGUCAGGCUCAACAUCAAGACUUAACCAGUCAACAAAUAUUCCUUCUUAUGUAACACUUCGAAGAGGAGUUACUGCAUCUGGUUUAAAGGAAAGACCAAAGAGCGCCUUGGAGCGCCUUUACUCUGGAGAUCACCAAAAAGGCAGGAUGAGUGCGGAAGAACAACUGGAACGAAUGAAGAGGCACCAGAAGGCACUGGUCCGGGAGCGCAAGAGGACACUGAGCCAGGGAGAGCGCCUGUCCAUCUUGUCACACUCCUCCUCACGACCUGUCUCUGAAGACGUUGGCUCAUGGAAGCGAGAGCAGGAAUUUGAUUUACAGUUGCUAGAGCGAGAGAUGCGGGGGGAAGACAAGGGGAAAGAGAAAUCUGAUGACUGGCUGACAGUCCAAGCCGUGCCAAUGAAAGAGGCAGAUUUGGAGCCUCAGGAUUAUGAUCUGGACAUCAGCAGAGAGCUAUCGAAACCAGACAAAGUUUUAAUUCCAGAGCGAUAUGUGGAAAUGGAUCCAGAGGAACCACUCAGCCUUCAGGAGAUGGAGGUCCGCCAUCGUAAAAUAGAACGGAUCAAAAGCAUCCUCGCCAAAUCAAGUGUUCAAAACGUGCAGCCAGCAGUUAGUCUGGACACACAUGACUUCACAAACCUGGACUCUGCACUGAAGGAGCAGGAGCGUAUUAUCACAAUGUCCUAUGCCCUGGCUUCAGAAGCUUCCCAGAAAAGCAAGCAGGUAGCAGCUGAACAGCAGGUGUAUGAACCCAAUGCACAUUAUCCCCCCCUAAGCAAUGGAUUUCACUACAGAUUUGUCUAAUUUAAAACCAAAGCCACGACUGAACAUUAAGAUGCUGUGGAAACGCUGAUGUGGACACUAAGAAGCAGCACUGAAGAUGAAGAGCUUGUUCAUAUUUAGAUUAGAUUGUGAAAGCUUAGCGUUUGGAGCUAAAACUAUUUUAAAGUGCACUUUUUUAAAUUAAAAUGUUAAAAGGGAUUUAUUUUGUAAAAUAACUGAAAAUCUUUGCAGUGAAUGCUGUUGUGAAUAUUAACUGUGGAAAUGUCUAACACAAUGUUAAUAUUGUACCAGAGUAACCUUUUUAUACAUGCUAUUGCACUUUUAAUACACACUGUACAGUAAUGAGGUUAAAGAUCAGAAUGUGUGUGUUUUUUACGAAAGUGUUUCACAAUGUUUGCAGUGUUGUAUGAAUACAAGAGUAGGUUUUUUUUUUCAAAUGUAAGUUAUCGUGUUAAAAUGACUAAAAAGGGAAAGGGGCUAACAAAGGUCCUCUGAUUGUCAUGAAAUUGCUGAUUGUAUUUUUCGUCAAACUUGGAUGAUAUUCUUACACCAAAUCAAUGUAAAAAAUAUGUAUCUAAUCCAGCACUGCCAUUAUAGACUUCAUAAUAGUUUGCCAAUGGAUUUUAUUUUUUGCUUGGAAUCGGAAUAUUUUCUGGGGUGUGUGUAAUGAAUUGUAAAUGUAAAAAUAUUAACCAGAUGAAGUAAUUUUUUGCUCAAUUGCUUUUUUUUGUGUGUAUUGGAAACUUAAGAGCGAACGAUUCUUAAACAAGUGUAUGUAAAUUUUGAAGUGUAUGCUGUGUUAAAGCAAACAAUAUAAUUUUUUCAAAUGACUUGGAAUGAAAUUGUUAUAAUUUUUACAGCUGUGGCAACAGGGAAGCAACGGUCACAGAGGUUAAGUCUGAGUACAUGGAAUGCUAAAUGUAGCCAGACUGUCUUUGCUUAUAUGUUUUAUAAUGUAAUCCAUUAUAGAUCAACCCAGAUUACAUUAUUUAAAAAAAAAAAAAAAAAAAAAAAAAAAAGCAUAGUGUUACAGUGCAUUCAUAUGGUUUGUCACAGAAAAUCAAUGGGUUAAAAGCAAGUGAAGUGAUUUUAGAGAAUGUAUUUAACUACAAAAGGAGAAUUGAUUUAACCACAAAAAAACAUUUAUUCUGACAAAUUGUUUAAAAUAUCUCUACGUGGGGCAAGUUUGCAGACCACUUGCUGGGUCAUUACCCAUAGGCAUUUAAUUACACUACUGUAUAAUUCUGUAUAGUAUAAGAUAGCAGUUUUUUGAAUGUAUAAGUACUUUAGUUUUCAGUGAAUAAAUAUAAAGACAAAAUAAUUGAGACAAGAGAGCUGUUCGGGUUUUUUGGGGGUUUUUUUGUAAAAUUUUAAUACUGUAAUUGAAAUAUGACAGGUUUUAGUAAUUUUCUUGUAGAAUCCAGUCUGUACUUUUGUUUAAACUAAAAAUUCUGUUUUUGCACUUAGGGUGGAACAACUACUGUACAGACAGUCUGCACAUAGACUACAGUUUUAAGAACAAAGAGACUUCAAGAAGUCAUUGAAAGGGGCACAUUUAUUUUACUAAACAUUUGUUGGUUAACUGGGUUGCACUUUAAAAGAAAAUUAAUAAAA